CCAAAGCAAUAUUCGAGAUUAGAGGUACAUGUCAGGUUAAUUAUUCACAACCUUUCAUUCAGCCAAAAUCACUGAAAUCAACCAAUGUAUUAGCUGAUUUACGAUAUCCUCUGUCAUUAUUUAUACAGCUUCCAGUUCGGAUGAGCAAUACGAACGAGAUAAUGAUGACCCAACAGCUCAUGCCAUUGAAGUGGGUAACAUCAGUACUAUAUUUAUAAGUCACUCAUAAAAUUGCGUAUUGUUGUACUAAUUUUUUUGUUUUCUUGUUAAAUUUCUUUAUGGUGAAUAAAAUGAAGGAGUGUAUUGAGUACAUUAAGACGAUGCUGAGUACAAUGGACGGUGGACGAUUAAGCGUGUCUCCUUAUGACACAGCAUGGGUUGCCCUCAUUAAAGAUUUAGUCGAAAAAGAUGUUCCCCGAUUUCCAUCAAGUCUCGAUUGGAUUCAACAACAUCAACUGCCUGACGGCUCGUGGGGGGACGAACACUUCUUUUGUGCGUAUGAUCGGCUAAUAAACACACUAGCUUGUGUGGUAGCAUUGAGAUCAUGGAAUGUUCAUGCUGACAAGAGUGAAAAAGGGAUAAGGUACAUAAGGGAAAAUGUGUGUAAACUUGAAGACGCAAAUGCUGACCACAUGCCUUGUGGAUUUGAAGUUGUUUUUCCCGCACUUCUUCAGAAAGCAAGAAACCUAGGCAUUGAGGAUCUUCCAUAUGAUGCUCCGAUCGUACGAGAUGUUUAUAAUGCACGCGACCGGAAAAUAAAAAGAAUACCAAUGGAGGAACUGCACAACAAGGAAACAACUUUACUGUACAGCUUAGAAGGAUUGGAGAACUUAGAGUGGGAAAAGCUUCUUAAACUGCAAGCAACUGAUGGCUCGUUCCUCUCUUCACCAUCGUCAACCGCGUUUGCUUUCAUGCAGACCAAAGACGAGAAUUGCUUGAAAUUUAUCGAGAAUACUGUACAGAAAUUUGAUGGAGGAGCACCCCAUAGUUUUCCGAUGGACCUUCUCACAAGACUUUGGGCAGUCGACAGACUACAACGCCUAGGAAUUUCACGCUUCUUCGAUUCAGAGAUUUCUGAUAUCUUAAGUUACAUCUACAGACAUUGGAAUGCUGACAAGGGAAUUUUCAGCAGAAGUGAUCAGGAAAUUGUUGAUAUUGACGACACAGCCAUGGGUUUCAGGCUUCUAAGACUGCAUGGAUAUGACAUUGAUCCAAAGGUAUUUAUGAACUUCAAGAAUGAUGAUGAAAAAAAAUUCUUUUGCUGGGGUGGGGAAAUGAUCGAGUCCCCGACUCCAAUAUAUAAUCUCUACCGGGCGUCUCAAGUCCGUUUUCCAGGAGAAAAAAUUCUUGAACAAGCCGAAAACUUUGCCUACGAUUUUCUGCAAGACAGGGUAGCUAAAAAUCAACUUCUGGAUAAAUGGUUUAUAUCCAAACACUUACCUGAUGAGAUAAAGAUUGUAUUGGAGAUGCCAUGGUAUGCCAGCUUGCCCCGUGUCGUGACAAGAUACUAUCUACAUCAGUAUGGAGGUGGUGAUGAUGUGUGGAUUGGCAAGGUUUUGUACAGGAUGCAAGAAAUCAACAAUGAAGUGUACAUGGAGCUUGCACGACUGGAUUUCAACAGAUGUCAAGCACAACAUCAGAUUGACUGGCUUUAUAUGCAAGAGCGCGUGGCGUUGGAGUCCGACGACGGUGUUAGAGUAUGUGACCUGUUAGAGUAG